AGCUGCAAAGCCCUUUCUCUCUCUCUCUCCGAAGCAGGCUGCGAGAAUUUCGAAGUGCUGUCUGCUCACAUCUCUCUCUCUCUCUCUUCUGCGAGGCAGUGCGAUGCCGUCCCGCCGGAGAACGCUCCUCAAGGUCAUCAUCCUCGGGGACAGCGGGGUCGGGAAGACCUCUUUGAUGAACCAAUAUGUAAAUAAAAAGUUCAGUAAUCAGUAUAAAGCAACUAUUGGAGCUGAUUUCUUGACCAAGGAAGUUCAGCUCGACGAUAGGCUCUUCACUUUACAGAUUUGGGAUACAGCUGGUCAAGAGAGAUUCCAGAGUCUUGGAGUGGCUUUCUAUCGAGGUGCUGACUGCUGUGUUCUUGUGUAUGAUGUUAACGUUAUGAAGUCAUUUGACAAUCUUAACAAUUGGAGGGAGGAGUUCCUCAUCCAGGCAAGUCCAUCAGAUCCGGAGAAUUUCCCAUUUGUGGUCAUAGGAAACAAAAUUGACAUGGAUGGUGGAAACAGCAGAGUGGUAUCGGAGAAAAAAGCUCGAGCUUGGUGUGCUUCAAAGGGGAAUAUACCAUAUUUUGAGACCUCUGCGAAGGAAGGUGUCAACGUGGAGGAAGCUUUUCAGUGCAUAGCUAAGAAUGCCUUGAAAAGUGGUGAAGAAGAAGAGAUAUACUUGCCAGACACCAUGGCAAACAGCAGUCAGCCAAGGCCAUCAGGAUGCGAGUGUUAAGGACUGCCCGAUGCUUCUUCCCAAUAAAUGAAUCCAUGAAGGAUUACUCAGAUAUUAGCAGGUUCUGCUUGUUUUAGAUGAUGCUGGGUUGUACAUUGCUUUUGCCAGAGAAAAUGGUUGCUGACAGAUUCUUUUGUCUGGUUCCUUCCAUUUAUUGCCGAAUCAAAUGUAUUCUUGAGUGAUGUCCUACUUAAUUUGUCUUUCAUGACGCGGCUUUUCUCAUCAGUGUUGAUUUUUGUUGGUGUAUUGAUCUUUUUUUUGUGUGUGAUCUAAGUACAAAUAUGCCGAGUCCA